ACACGUUUGGAUGGCGGCGCAUAUUAUAGCAAUUAGCUGUGGCUGCUGCUCUGGUUCACAAGACAGUAUCAUUAGCAUAUGAUGCUUAUGCUGUCUUCGAUUAGAUCAUCAUCAAGAUCCAAACUUGGCUUCACCGCCAUGAACGCUUCUUCAAUCUCAACUACAACAACACCAACACCCACAACUUCUCUUGCCUUAUUUACUUCCAAAUUCACUCCUUCUAAAUCAAACCCCAAUUCAAAUCUCCCCUUCAUUCUCUACAAACCCAUCUCCUUCCAAAAAAUCCCCACAAAAAAACAAUCUUUACCACCUAUUUCAUCAUUAUCUUCAUCAGCUGCCAUGUCUCUGCAGCCCAUUGAAGAACUCCCACCAAAGCUUCAAGAAAUAGUGAAGCUUUUCCAGUCAGUUCAGGAGCCCAAAGCCAAAUACGAACAGCUUCUGUUUUAUGGUAAGAAUUUGAAGCCUUUAGAUACCCAGUUCAAGACUAGGGAGAAUAAAGUAGAGGGCUGUGUGUCUCAAGUUUGGGUCAGGGCUUUCUUUGAUGAUGAGAAGAAUGUUGUGUUUGAAGCUGAUUCUGACUCUGUUUUGACCAAAGGGCUUGCUGCUUUGCUUGUUCAAGGUCUUUCGGGUUCGGGUUUGAGUGAGAUUUUGAGGGUUUCUCCUGAUUUUGCUGUGCUUCUUGGCUUGCAACAGAGUUUGACUCCUUCUAGGAAUAAUGGGUUUUUGAAUAUGUUGAAGUUGAUGCAGAAGAAAGCUCUUGAAUUGUCUUUGAACCCCGAAAAGGGUUUAGGUUUUAGUUCAGAUGGUGCUGAAAAUGAAGGAAAAAGUUUGAAUCUUGGUGGUGGUAGUGUUGAGAAUUCAACUGUUGAGGUGGGUUCUAAUGACGUAAAUUCAGAAUCAAAGAGUGGUGGUGAUGAUGGUGGUUCUGGGGAUAGUGAUGAUUUGGAUGAUUUAGGUAGUAGAGGGAAACGAAUUAAGGAGAUAUUGGAGAGGGAGUUGAGUCCUACUGAAUUAAAUGUCGAUGAUGUAUCUUAUCAGCAUGCAGGGCAUGCUGGUGUUAGAGGAAGAACUGAUGGGGAGACGCAUUUCAAUUUGAAAGUUGUUUCGAAAGAAUUUGAAGGCAAGAGCUUGGUGAAGAGGCAUAGGUUGAUAUAUGGUUUAUUGCAAGAUGAAUUGCAGAGUGGAUUACAUGCGCUGUCAAUUGUGGCGAAGACGCCAACUGAAGUUGAUGCGAGAUGAGGUGUGACAUUGACUUGUGACUUACUGUCUUGGUGUGAUUAAGUUUUGUUCUUAUAAACGCAUUUUACAUUUAUGCUCAUUAUGAAUCUUUUGCGGUGCUUGGAUUAAUUACUUAUGAAUGAAAUUUUGCAAUACAUGUGGAAUUUAUUUUGUGAAA